GCGCAGGAUGCGGCCCCCGUAGAGAAAAUCACCAUGGCACCGUCCGAGACAGAACUACUCCGCGAUCUACCCUUCACACUGCAGGGUCUGUCAUCCUCGAAGCUCGUCUUCCAAUCUUCGACUGCGCUCAAGCUGCCUGCCUGCCUCCCGGUGCCCAUCAUAGGGCUGCUGCACACUCUCGCCGAGCCAGCCAUCCUAUACAAAGGACUGGCUGGAUUCGUCGAGUCUAGCGAAGGAGACUUGAUCGGGCAAAGCUUCCGCUCGGCGUUGGGUAAGGAGUUGCGUGCUUACCUUGGACUCGUUGCCACGUUGGAAGGGCAGAUCAGACGAGCACUCACGCAACUGGGCGAGGGCGCUGCUCACCAAGGCGUCAGCAAAGCCGGGGUGACCCUGAAGCGAUGUGUCAUUUGGACUCGCGAUGCGACGAUGGGGUUGCGACUGAUGAGCCUCAUGGUUGAGCAGUCGAAGAAUAGCAAAGGUGGGCAGCUGAUCUCGCUCAUCCACUCCUUCUCACUCAACCACGGCGACCCGUAUGUCAUGUCCUUCGCCGAGCGCCUUCUCUCCGACGUCACACGGCCAUUCUACGACAUGUUGCGACAGUGGGUCUAUGAUGGCGAGCUGUCAGACCCCUUUGGCGAGUUCUUCGUCUCUGAGCAGAGCGAGGACGAGAUCUUGGACGUCACCGGCGAUCAAGGCAAAGGUGGGGCGACAAGCGUCUGGGAGGACAAGUACAAGCUCAACGACAAGAUGGUACCGACAAUCGUUGCAGACGACUUCGCCAGGAGGGUCUUCCUCAUCGGCAAGACACUGAACUUCAUACGCUACGGCUGCGGCGAUGCAAACUGGGUGGAUACCUACUCAAAAAAAGCGUCCAAGGAGCUGCACUAUGGCGACACCGCGAACCUCGAGCGAUCCAUCGGCGACGCGUACAAAACGACGAUGGCGCGCCUAAUCGAGCUCAUGGGCAACAAGUUCAAGCUCUUCGACCACUUGCAGGCGCUGAAGUCGUAUAUGCUGCUUGGCGCUGGCGACUUCAUUGCCGUCCUGAUGGAGUCAUUGUCCUCAAACCUCGAUCGCCCUGCCAACACACAAUACCGACACACACUAACUGCGCAACUCGAGCAUGCUGUGCGCAACUCGAACGCACAACACGAUACCUCGGACGUAUUACGCAGGCUCGACUCUCGUAUGCUGGAGCUCUCCCAUGGCGAGAUUGGGUGGGACGUGUUCACUCUCGAGUACAAGAUCGAUGCGCCUGUUGACGUGAUCGUCACACCGUACGGCUCCAAGCAGUACCUCAAGGUCUUCAACUUCUUGUGGCGCGUGAAGCGAGUCGAGUUCGCCCUUGGCUCAACUUGGCGUCGCUGCAUGACUGGGGCUCGUGGUGUUCUCGGUACUGUUGACGACAAGUUUGGCAAGGACUGGAAGAAAGCACGGUGCGCCAUGGCGGAGAUGGUCCACUUUGUGAACCAGCUUCAACACUACAUCCUUUUCGAAGUCAUCGAAUCGUCGUGGAUCGACCUCCAGAAAGCCUUGAACAAGCCGGAAAGCACGCUGGACGAUAUGAUUGACGCACACGCCAAGUACCUGAACAACAUCACGCGAAAGGGACUACUGGGAAGUCAGAGCAUUGACUUUACCGGUCAGUUGCACGAGCUGCUCAAGACGAUGCUUGCAUACAAGGACGUAGUCGACAGUCUGUACUCGUUCUCCGUGGCAGAGUUCACUCGCCGCCAAGAAGCCGCAGCGAAGAUUGAAACUCGCACAGCAGCCGGACGAUGGGGUCUCUCGGAGAGGGACAGCUCACGCACCUCGACACCAGAUCCAUUCGCAGCAUCGCGCGGUGCUUCGCGACAGGAUCCAGACUCACCAUUCCCGCUACCUCUGCUCAAGGUUGGCAAUGGCGGGUCGGGCGAAGACGACGUGUUGCCGGCGUUACGACAACGUCUGGCGCAUCUAGCCGUAGACUUUCAAGCAAGGAUAUGUCUGCUGCUGGGCGAUCUCGUGCACUCGCCAGAUGGAGAGCUCAAGAUGCUGGCUGUCAACAUCAACUUCAACGAUGUAUACAAGCCGGAGCGCAGACGAAGGAAAAGCGAGAAGAAGCGAGAAAAGGAAAAAGAGACGCCCGCCCUCUCGAAGGCCACUGUUGCAACUUAGAGACUCCAACGGGCCCUACGAGUCGACGGGCCGGCAGAGGAACGCGAAGAAGAGCGAAGAUGGGUUAGAAGCUGCUGUCGCCUACACUGGAGCCUAGGUCCUCCACCAGCUUGAAGAGGCAGCUUGGGGAGGCAGCUUGGGGAGGCAGGACUAGGAAAGACGCAGGACUACAGG